AUGCUAGACCCACACACUCUUAUCAAGAGAACAACGUCGAUCAAGGAUAUCGAGAUCGGGCUUUCCCAGUCAGCAAAGCGAAUUGGUGGCUUGAUCGACCUCGGCGAGAUCAUCGUAGCUCUCCCAAGUGAAUACGCGGAAAUGAUCGUUGACUUCGUCACAAAGCGGCUCCGCAGCGCUAAGGACAAGAACAAAAGUGAGAUGCGAGAUCUCGACGAGGAUUUGUGGAAGUUCUUGCAGCAGGAACACCUCCGCAAAUAUGAAUUGCAGGUGGGCCAGCUGUAUGAUGACUGGAACGAUUUCAUCGACACUCAGUCCGCCACCGAUGAGUUGCAAGAGAAAUCGGUUGACAUGCCAAUCGAUGGCAGUUGUGCCGAGCCCGAAACUAUAAUGGAAGCCAAGGGUAAUGUGGAUGGCAACGCCAAAGCUCAGGCUGAAGUCAAUGCUCUCUUCAAGGCCCAGCAAAAGCUUGAACGUACCAAAGAGGAGCUCGCAUGGACUAGAGGUGAGCUGGCCAAGCUUCAACAUGAGAGAAUCGAUAAAGAGAAGAAGAGCACCGAGCCCAAGUUACUCGUAUCUGCCAGGCCCGCCCAGCACGCCUCAUCCGCGGCAUCACAAGGGGGAGACCAAGUCAAAAGACGCGAAGGUCGAGACUGGACGGUCGCUAGCCAGGUUAUCGAUUUGACGGCAGUCGGCUCGCCGUUUCUAGAGCAUAUCGAUCAGACAGAGAAGUCUCCCAACUUCCACAGGAUCGCCCAUGAGCCACUAGGUCAUAGUACGGUCGCAUUGCGUAAACGUUCCCGACGGUAUAUGGCUGAUGACUCAUCUGACCGUGCCGCGUCAGAUCUUGACUCAGAGCCAGAAGCAAAGCGACUCGAUCGACCACGCCUACACUCUCGUCGAAGCCCUAAGCUUGCCGGUACCCGCUCGCGAAAGCUUACAGGCGACAUAUCUACAUUCAAUAGAGCUUCCGGAACCUUGAAUGAAGCCCGUUCGCGACGAAAUCAAGCUCAAACUCCGUUUGGCGACGAGAUGUCGUCAGAUGAGCACAUUGAUGAUGACAUCAAACCACUUGAGGCUGAGAGAAGCCAACGCCCUAAAAUGAGGAAGACCCGAGAGGCUCGUUUCGUACCAUACGUCUUUGUGGUCCCGUCAAGUGGCGGCGGAAGGCCCGCAUACAAACAACUUCGCGACUUCCCCAGACAUAUUGCAGACUCUUUGGUAGCCGCUAUUCUCGCCGAAUGUCACCAGUCGGACGAAAGAAAGGUAAGACAUGCCAACUACUUGGCCAUAGAAAACCAAGCACGAUCUUUGGAAACAAGCAAGUGCAUGCUCGGCUACGUGAUCGCUAAGAACAACCAUGAACGAAAGCCAAGGAACAGUCUUUCCUACUGCUGCACCACUUGCCAGAACAGAACGAAUCGCAUCUGCUGUUUUCUGCAAAUGUACAAACAGGAUGGCAACAGCGAGGCGAUGCUCUUUGUCUACCCGAAGCGCAACAGGGAAGCUUCCUGGAAAGGCUUGGACUUCUGGAUGUGA